CCCGCCUCUCCCCCCGCGGCGCGACUUCCGCCCGGUUUCCAGGGCAACGAGUACACAGAGUGCGGCCGUGCGCGGGUGCGCAGCCUGCUGUGGCGCUGCCGCUAUGAGCCAGAGGCAGGUCCUGCAAGUUUUCGAGCAGUACCAGCGCGCCCGGACGCAGUUCGUGCAGGCGGUGGCUGAGUUCGCCGCCCGGCCGCAGAACAUCGAUACCCUCCAAAAUGCAGGUGUAAUGACUUUGCUGAGACCUCUUUUGCUGGAUGUCAUCCCAAAUAUUCAACAGACUGCUGCUUUGGCUCUUGGGAGACUUGCCAAUUAUAACGAUGCCCUGGCAGAGGCAGUUGUGAAGGGAGACAUUCUUCCACAGCUCCUGUGUUCGUUGUCUGAGCAGAAUCGUUUCUACAAGAAAGCAGCUGCCUUUGUGCUAAGAGCAGUUGGUAAACAUUCUCCACAGCUAGCUCAGUCAGUAGUUCAGUGUGGAGCAUUGGAAAUGCUUGUGAUUUGCUUGGAAGAUUUUGACCCUGGAGUCAAAGAAGCUGCAUCUUGGGCACUUGGGUAUAUUGCCCGACACAAUUCAGAACUGUCGCAAGCUGUGGUGGAUGCAGGCGCUAUUCCUCUUUUAGUGCUCUGUAUCCAGGAGCCAGAAAUUGCUUUGAAAAGGAUUGCUGCUUCAACUCUCAGUGAUAUUUCAAAGCAUUCUCCAGAGUUAGCACAGACAGUAGUGGAUGCAGGAGCUAUCGCUCACUUAGCUCAGCUGAUCCUGAACCCUGAUGCUAAACUGAAGCGUCAGGUGCUGUCAGCUCUAAGCCAAAUAGCAAAGCAUUCAGUGGAACUUGCAGAGUUGGUGGUUGAAGCAGAAAUUUUCCCAGUUGUGCUCACAUGCCUGAAGGACUCAGAUGAAUAUGUCAAGAAAAAUGGUGCAACUUUAAUUAGAGAGAUAGUAAAGCACACGCCUGAGCUUUCACAGCUUAUAGUAAAUGCAGGUGGAGUUGCCGCUGUGAUUGAUUGUAUUGGCAGCAGCAGAGGGACUGUCAGGCUGCCUGGCAUCAUGAUGCUUGGUUAUGUAGCAGCUCAUUCGGAGAACCUGUCAAUGGCAGUGAUUGUCUCCAAGGGAAUACCACCACUGUGUGCCUGCUUGAUAGAAGAACAAGAAGAUCAUAUUAAGGCAGCAGCUGCCUGGGCCUUGGGACAGAUUGGAAGACAUACUCCUGAGCAUGCAUGUGCUGUUGCAGUAGCAAAUGUGCUACCCAUACUGCUUUCUAUAUAUAUGGACACACGCAGUUCAGAAGAUCUUCAAAUAAAAACUAAAAGAGCCUUAAAGAACAUCCUUCAGAAAUGCACAUAUCUUCCAGCACUUGAACAAUUGCUGCAUGAUGCUCCUCCCAAUAUUAUAAAACAUAUUGUUGGACAGUUUAGUAAGGUGUUACCACAUGACAGUAAAGCACGUCGUCUCUUUGUAACAACUGGUGGACUUAAAAAGGUUCAAGAAAUAAAAGCAGAACCUGGGUCACUUCUUCAGGAAUAUAUCAACACUAUUAACAAUUGCUAUCCAGAGGAAAUAGUAAGGUAUUACUCCCCUGGAUAUUCUGAGAUACUUCUGGAAAGGGUGGAAAACUACCAUCCAGUUUUAUAAACUUCAAUUUUUUUAUUAGAGCUGUAUUUCACAUCUGUGCCUUUAUGACUAAUACAAAUACAGCUGUUGAAACUGCUCAAACUCUUGUUUGAUUCUGUAACAUCCUGCUCCUGUUUGAACUACUGAAAGAGCUCAGCAACUCCAGCAAGCUAUAUUUUGUUCUCUAUAAACAUGUUUGUUGCUAAGUUUUUGUUCCUUUUUGUUUUCCUCUAACAUUGCUACCAGAUAUCGCAGCAUAUAUGAAUGGAAUUUCAUGCAGGGAUGGUGAUUUAUCACAGAAGCUUUUUUAGAAUCAGUCAUUUCCUUUUCCUUCCACAAGAAAGGUUUGUUAUUACCUCAUUCAAAUUUUAGCCUUCUCAGUACUGUAACCAUUUUCCCCUUUCACCUUUCCAUAUUGUUUGGAGCUUCCCAAGCUUCAUGAGGGGGGAAAUAGGUGGCCCCUGUGCUUUCUCUAAUUAUGAAGUCUGUUCUACUACCUUUCGGAAAGUAAAGUGAUGUGAUUUUGCAUUUCCAAACAUGUUAGUAGCUGCUAAAUGAAGAAAUAAUUAGAGAUGAUGAUGAUGAUAAAAGGGUUAAAUUCUGUAUAUUAUAGUGUGGGGGUCCUGGCAUGGUGGGUAAUGUAUGUUCUGCAAAAGUCCUCCCAGUUAAGGCAGGAUUCAUUAUGGAGGGAAGGAGCACUACACUGGUGUGUGCAUUGUUGUUCCUCUUGUAAGGGACAGAGUGAACUUAGAAUAUGACAGGCACAAAGAGAAGGACCUUGGGAGGUUCGGCUUCAUUUGGGUUAGCAGCAAAUUUGUGCAGCUCAGAUGAUAGGAGAAUUGCUUGGCUGCAGGAACACUGUUAGAAAAGUUCUGAGCACAUUCAGAGGAAACCUGAGGGUACUUGAGUCCCACUCAUCUGAGUGGUGGGACUAAGGCUGCUCAGUACUUCAAGAGCUGAAAUUACUGCAAAAUUGAGUUGAGAAACGCUUGGAAUUCAGUCUUGAAGUUGCAGAUCACAUUGAUGUGGAGGUUAUUGAAUGUAUGAGCUCUUGCCUGUCUGUAGAACAUCCUGGAACUGUGUUUUUGCUUUUUAUGUAGAGUGAAAAGACUUUUAAAUUCAGCUUCCUCCUCCAGUGUACUGCAGCAGCAAGGAGCAGCAUACAACUUUUUAGUAUUCCCUAAUAUGUAAUUGUCAUUUACCAUUUUUUGUUUUUCUAACCUUUUUUCUUUUCUUCAUAUGAAGUUUGUUGUAUCAUUUUUUUUUAUUUUUUUUUUCCUUUUCUUUCCCAAAGAGUAAUAAGCAGUGUUUCUGGAACGGGAUGUUGGAAUACUGGCAGCCGCAAGGAAAGGCAGUAUUUGAAAACCCCUGCAGGAGAGAAACUUGUCUCCUUUCUUAAACAUAUUAACUGAAUGAGUUUAUAAAACAGGGAUAGUCCCUUCUAUUACUCGUAAAACAGGAGCAAAGACUUACUGCAGUUGGAAAUGAUUUAGAGUGGCUUUUCUCUGCCAAAUUCCAAACGACUAUUUUCUUUUAUUCUUGUCAGCAUAUUUUUCAGCAGUUCACAAAACCACUGAUGGGCUAUCUUGUGUUAAGGUUUAAUUCUACAGAGGGUUGAGCUCUCACUGUGAGGUAUUUGGUGCUCUCAGACUGUUCUUCAGGAGGAGCAGGGUAUGUACAGUACCUUGCUGAAUGGGGCCUAACUGAGAUGGAAGCUGUUGGUGUCAUGAGUGUGGGUAUAGAAACCACACCAGCUGGGUCGUUUCCUUAGACCACAUCAGAGUAAAAAGUCUUGGAACUAACUUCUACCAAAUGCCUUUUCAUUUUUGGUGUUUAUAUUCUGACAUUAUUAAUGUUAGGACACUAGUGGAAAAACCAGUAAGUCUAUUAAAAAGAUUGUUGUAAUACUCAGUAAUUUUCUUACAUGCAUUAUGGUUAUUUAAAAGUCAAAUCUUGAAUAAUCUCUGAAAGAAAAUGUAACGGAAGGGCUUCCAGACAGUCUUGAAGGAUCUGAAGCCUUUAUUUUCCCUAAUGGAACAGAAAUAGUGCAUAGGGCUGAAUGCAGUUGCAGUGCAGAUGGGAGGCAGGGUAGGCAUGGAGCUGCAUACCCAUAGCUGCAUCAUGUGCUUGGGAGCACACCCACACCACACAAUGCUAAUGUAUAUGUUUUGUGCGGAGAGAGCAAAGAGGCUUCAGUCCCCUGACAAAUGUGUUCCUGCUGUGUCACACUGUGCUACACUGUAAGGAUUCCACAGGGUUAAAUUUCAAUGCCUAAACAAUUUGUUCACAGUCUUUUCACAGUCUUUUUCUGAUUCCUGACAAAGGGAAUGAUUGCACAAGGCAAACCUUCAAAGCGAUCUGAUUGUGCAGAGCACAGUCUAAAUCAGACCUAGCAUAAAUAUAUCUUUACGCCGGCUAGGCAGUUCUGUCCUAGGCCAUUGGCUGUUUGGCCUCUUGUUGCAGGACUCUCCUGGAUGGUGUCACAUCCUAUUAGGCUGGGGCAGCCCAAAGUCCCCUCCCACAUAUUUUGAGACUCCCCUCAGCUCUCCUUUGCUGGCAGGCUCCUUCCUUGUGUUGUAUGUACACAUUUAUGGCUGGAGGCUUCCCUGAAGGUACACAUCUGCACAAGGCAGAUCUAGCACUUUACAGGAGAAUUACUGCUAGCUUGUAUUUUAGGCAUACAUUACUAGGGCAAGAGCUGCUUUUUUUUUUUUUUCCCCUGUAGUGCUUCACAAGGUCUAAUAUACAGCGUUUCUAUUCCAUCCUCUCUUUUGGCUUAGGUCAUAAUCUAAAGCUAUAUUAAUGUUUGUAAUUGCUACUCUGUCAGGUUUCAAGUCUGUAUCGUUUGUCUCAAUUUCAUAGAAUAAAAUGCAGAUUUGCAUUUUAAUUCUUUGUGUAAAUGCUGUUUUCAUGCUGGUUUGUAACUGUGAUGCUAGAGAAGAUGAAGAACAGGCUCAUUUUGCAGCUUGAGCCUGACACCAUCUUUGGAUGUUUGUCUCAGCUUACCACCACUCAAUAGUGCCUACCUCUGAGCUUCUGAUGUACAAGCGUUUUGAGUAAGAGUCCCUGUCUGUCGUGGUUUAAGCCCAGCCGGUAACAAAUACAACUUGCAUUGGCUGCUACUGCUGAACCCAGGACACUCUCACAGAGGUGGCUUAUUAAGACACACAAAGAAAAUUAAGCCAGUGCUUUGGCUGAAAUAAAUGUAAGCAGAGACAGCCCUUAAAUCAUUUUGCCAGUUCCUUUGACUUUGGGAGUUUUCAGCCCAAGUCUUUAAAGAUCUGCUGGGGGUGCCUGAGCCAUGAUUUUUGUCUACAUUACUGCAGCUAUUAUUACAUCUACGGAUGUAAACCACGGCUUGAAAGAACAUGUGGAUGUGUAAAACUUUACCAUAUUUCAUUCAGUGGAUGGAUUAACUGGCCUACAAAAGCUCCAUUCUUUAUCUGAAUGACUGGAAAUCAAGAGGAUCUGAAAAGGGGAAAUUCAAGGAGUUCGACUUUUGUGCAUAUAAUAUGUUCUGCAUUUCCAGAGGGAUUUACCAAGGGAUUGCUUUGUCUCAUCUGAAGUGAUCAAUCUGCUGGAGAUCUGCAUCUUGACAAACACAUGAACAAAAUGUUGAAGGAGCUGAAUGGAGCUGGUGAAGGAAGAAAUGAAUCUCAUUUUGUGAAGUAAAGCAUAAAGUUACUGUAAUUGGGAAGUGGAUGGAGUGUGGGUAGAUCCUCAGUGUUCUUGAUUUCAUCUAGGGGCUUGUGAAUUAGCUUGGCCAAAAGGGAGUUUUAGGAGGAUACCAUGGGAUAGCCUUCAGAUUCUGGUGUAAAUCAUAGUCUUCUGAUUUCUGGGCAUGUAAGGAUGGGUGACUGUUGUCUCUUCAGGUGAGGAGCCUGUGAAAGCAUUCUUGCCUCAGCAUCUUCCUUAAGAGCUGUUUGGUGUCUAGUAUCUUGGUGGUUAGAGUUUUAGAUCUUCCUGUGUGACAUGGGGAGAAGGGAAAUAUGGAGUAGCACUAGAUUGCAAAGCCAGUGGUUUCACUUCUUGUGCUGACAUAGGACUGCUUUUGUGGGCUUGGAUAAUUAUUACAGAUCCCUACGUAUCAUCAUCUUCAGAUGUGAAGUAUCUGUUAUAGUCCUUUGUUAACUUGCAGAAGUGCUGGGAAAAUUAAAUUCAUACGAGAGGUCAA